CCCCUGUUGCUGCUGCUUCUUUCUUUUUGGCCACCGCUCGUACACGCUGAAAGCGUGUUUUAGUUUUAUUUUAAUAUUUAUUUAUAGUUUUUAUCAUAAUUAACAAUAAUGUCGGGAACGAAAAGGCGAAUAUUUAUCAACGGAGUGGUGAUAUCGGAAAAUAACGAGCUGGUGCGAGAAGGGGAUAAAAUUUUGUGCGAAGUCAAAGACCUGGACGACAAUUACAUAUAUCAAGCGUACUUGAAUGAAAAAUCGGUGAUGGAAUGGCAGAAUAAAAUUCUGCAUGCGGAUAAAAGUGAAGACAAUUUGGCGAAGGGAGAUUCAGGACCUUGUGAAACUGUUGCAAAAAUGUCAAGGAUCAAGAGUAAUGUCGAUUCUAACAUGAAAGGGGAAGAAGCAGGUCCUUCAGGAAUUGCAGACUUUGAGAUCUCGAGAUCCCGUAGUAAAAAAAGGCCUCAUGAUUGUGAUGAAUCGGAUGGACAAAGUGUUGCUUCUUUAACCAAAGGUGAACUACAAUGGACGCCUCAAAUGGUUCAAUUUUUUAUCGAUGCAUAUAAAGAAUUGGAAGAAAAAAAAGCUGGGAAAUUCAUCAGAAUAAGGGCUUUUAACAGUAUCGCGAAGAGGUUUAAGGAAGAAUUGAACAUGAAUUUAACGGCUCAACAAUUAGAAUCAAAAUUGAAAGGCCUUCAAAACACUUACAAAAACCAAUUGUUGAUGAAGAAACAAACUGGUGGGGGACGAAAUGACUGGCAGCAUUUUGAAGUCAUGAACGAAUUCAUGUACAAAAAGCCGCAAAUUACACCAGUGUCAACAACAUCAAAUUUGAAUGGUUUCAAACCCAAAGAAUCUUCACAGUCCGACAGUGAUAGCUCCAUCGAAGGAAAACAGAAAUCGAAAAAAACCAAAGGGAAGCGGCGAAAAAGACAAAGCUCUCCAACUUUUCAGCAGAAAAUGGUGAAUUUAAUCGGAGGACACCACGAGAAGCAAGAAAAAUCGUUAGAAAAGUUUAAUAAUACUUUUGAGAGGUAUGUUAAUAUUCUCGACGGAAUGAAGAAAUAAAUCUUCGUCUUUGUCUUCCGACAUCUAUUUUCAUUCAUAUUUCGUUGCCUAUAAAUUUGGCCAUAAAUUUAAUCUAUUUUUAUAUUUCAUUCGUUAACUUCGUAUUUUUUUGUCGUCUUAUUAUUCUUAACAAAACGUUCCAUGCUGUGUUAUAUCUAAAUAUGUAUGUGAUAAUACUGUGAUUUUAAAGGGCCAGUCCAUUAAAUUUCAUUUAAGGUUAGAAAACGUAAUUUUAGAAUAUAAUAAUAGAAUCGUUCACUUCAGAAUUUGUGGGCUAAUUAUAUUUUAUAAAAUGCGUUUAUUUUAAUUUAUAAAAAAUUAUAUUUAGAUUUAGUGUAAAUAUUAAAAAUAAUUUAACUGUAAUACUUACAAUUAAAUGCUUGCAUAGAAUAAGGGGACGUAGCGCUCGGCCGCACGGCCUCACACCAGUCAAGCUGUCAAAAUAUUGUUAAAAAUUAAAAUUGAAAAAUUUGAAUUUUAAAAUGUACUGCCUUAUAAGAAAUUAAAAAGCGCAACUUUUUUCCUUUAUGAUUUUUAACAAUAUUUUGACAGUUUGACUGGUGUGAGGCCGUGCAGCCGAGCGCUACGUCUCCUUAUUCUAUCCAAGCAUUGAAUUAAUAACAAGAAGCUGAUAAGGAAGCAACUAUAAAUGUCUCAAUUAGCAUAAAAAACUUUAAAUUGAUUGUUUUCAUUUAAGGACUUAAUAGUAUUUAGUAAAGCGAUAUAUUAAAUUCAUUGAACUGACCCUUUUUAUAGAUUAUACUGCCUUCUGCAAUAGUCAGAGAAAAAAGACUUAAUAUUUUAGUUUCAUUGUAAAAGGUAUGUAAAUAUAGCGUGUUGUAAUGAUAUGUCCUGCGGACCAUUUCUUAUUGUGAAACUAAUUUUAAGAGAGAAAUUCUAUAAAAGUUAAAUUUACUUUUAUAAUGUUAAAAACAUUUUUGUAAUGAAAGAAUAAAAAAGAGUUUUAUUGAAA